ACGACCACUUCGAAGCCGGAUUAACCUCACAAGAACAUCAAAGAGGAAAAGCAAAGUCAAUAGUUAUAGGAAAGUUAUGAAUCUGAGAAGUAAUGGAGCACAAGACAGUAGCGAUAACAACAAUUUUUCAAAUUUCGACAACGAAGAUUUACUGUUACCUAGCACGAGCACAGGUUACAGAGGUCAAAGCUCCUCAGCUUUGUUCAGGAUAGCAGAGGUCGAUUCCGACGACGACCAAUCGGUCGGCAGUCGGCCCGUGUCGCCCCCGAGCGCUCCCGAGCUACUGAGCAUUGUGCCGACGCCGGUCAAUGGCUCGCGCGACUCCAUCGCCGACUCGCUGCGCGCGGAGCCGACUGCCGAACCAACUGAGCCGCGCCCGCGACCGACGAGACGCCCGUGGAAGCACACGCGGUUCAAUAACAGAAGCCCGCUGCAUCAGUCGGAUUCUAGCGAGUCGCCGCCACCAAAGGAACCCAACGAUCGCGCGUCAACAUCAGUUGCGGAGCGGCUGUCGCCCAAGGGCCACAAUCGCACCGUCGCGCGCCUCAUGAACGAGACCAACGAAAGCGAGCUUGAAAGCAGCUGCAGCACCGAGAGUGGUCCCAGCGGCCCCGGGAGCCGGGAGCCACCGGGCCACGGUAGCCGGGAGCCAUCGAGCCAUUGUAGCCGCGAGCCACCGAGCCACAAUAGCCGCGAGCCACCGAGCCAUAGUAGCCGCGAGCCUCCUACCAACGCCCGCGCUACUAACCCCACCGACGACGCCUCAGACGACCCCGACUACCAACUACUAAAACUCCGACAGCGCGUCAAAUGGGCCCGGCGCAACUACAUAAACCCCAUAGACUCCGACUCCAAUUGAACUGAUCGUAGAUACUUUUUGUGUUCAACGUAUGCCGAUGGUCUCGGCGUGGACGAGCUUUCGUCUGUCUACAUUUAUUGACCUCCAAGGCCGUACGUGUCUAGACGACAUGAACGGAGGCCGAAGUCAAAGCUCCGCUUAGUUUGGGGUUAGUUAUUGGUGUGACUGUUGAAUGUAACUUUAAUAUUUAUCUCUAGUCGGUUCGUUAUUUACACCGUCGUUAUUAGUGGCGCGAUGAAAAUCUAUGAAAAAAAUACAGUUUUUUUCAUAGAUUUUCAUCGCGAAUUAAAUAUUUGGAAAUGUACACGCGUGUACAAAAAUAAGAGUUGUGAAAUCACUGGUUUGAAGUCAAAUCAAAUUAUUGAACAGAUACAUAAUUAAAAAUAUUAAUCUUUUUCAUAUUUAAAUGUUGUACCUAUUCUUUCAAUAGGUAAUUAUUUCACAUUAAUUGAAUGUGGUGAUCUCUAUUGCUGGAUGAGUCUGGAUGGUGGUGUGGUCUGGUGUAACCUAUUAAAGGAAUGCUGUUUUUAAACCGCCAUGGUGUUGGGUGAAGAGAUCCUAAACCAGCUGUUGACGGCUGAAUUUUUUCAAUAGCGGGACAAUCGCGUGUCCCGGAGACCAUCGGGACUGUCAUGGCGCUCAAGCUACAGCUUCUGUCAGCUAACAGCGUCUUCUACUAUUGUUAAAUUAACUUUGUAACUACUUGCAGGUGUAAUUUAGAUCUUUAAAUUGAAUUGGGACACUAUGUUUGCCACUCUUUUGUACUAUUUAUGCUAUGUCACUAUACUGGACAAACAGACAAUCCUUUAUGAUAAAGACUCGCUUUUUUCUAUAUAUAACGGAACAAUGAAUUCAGAUUGUUAUGUGUUUUAUGUAGUGGUGACAUCAGAGGCCAUCUUCCUUUUUGUAUAGUUUAUUAUUAAAAAUAAAAAUAUAUGUGAUCUAUUAUUAUAUUAUUAAUUUAAUUAGUUAUAAGGAUCAUCAAUGUUCCCCAGAUAUGUUAAUAACUGGUAAAAUACAUUGAUUUUAAAAACUUU